CCUCAGAUAUAAGGAUGCCGAACUGGGGAGGUGGAGCCAAAUGUGGUGCCUGUGAAAAGACAGUGUACCACGCUGAGGAAGUCCAGUGCAACGGAAGGAGUUUUCACAAGACAUGCUUCCUCUGCAUGGCUUGCAGGAAAGCUCUGGACAGCACCACAGUAGCAGCUCACGAAUCUGAAAUCUACUGCAAAACUUGUUACGGGAGAAAAUACGGUCCCAAAGGGAUUGGCUUCGGACAAGGGGCAGGAUGUCUCAGCACUGACACCGGCGACCAUCUGGGCUUGAAUCUGCAACAGGGGUCGCCAAAGCCUGCUCGUCCUUCUACACCAACGAACCCUUCAAAGUUCGCCAAAAAGAUGGUAGACAUCGAUAAAUGUCCCCGUUGCGGCAAAUCAGUGUACGCUGCAGAGAAAAUCAUGGGCGGAGGAAAACCUUGGCACAAGACAUGCUUCCGCUGCGCUAUCUGUGGGAAGAGCUUAGAAUCUACGAAUGUUACAGACAAGGAUGGAGAGCUCUACUGUAAAGUGUGCUACGCCAAAAACUUUGGUCCCAAAGGAAUUGGUUUCGGCGGCCUCACCCAAGUGGAAAAGAAAGAGUGCGAAUGAGAAGAAAUGGAUGCAUCAGACUCAAACUGCUGGUGGUGCCACCAAGUGACAGUUGUCAAGUAGAACAUUAAUCACCACGUAGUGCUAAGAACCUAGGGCAUUUGCAUAAUAUUUUCC